AUGACAGCACUAAGCGCACACUUACUUGCGGAUCCCCAGGCCUGGGAAGGGCUGGUGGAGGUUACCGUGCCAAAAUGUGAGCAGACCCACGUGAGGCCCAGCAAGGCCUUCGGACCACAGGAGGAAAUCCUGAAGAUCCACAUCACCCACUGGUGGUCUCCGUACAGUAUGCGGCUCACCUAUGCCACCAUCAGCGACUCGUGUGUGCCGGUCAUGGAGCUGCCCACCUACACUGGCUCUGCCUGCUGUGAACAUCCCAGCAUCUGCCUGCACAUCAUUGGCCUGAACAGACCCACAGAUGACCUGGAGAUGGUGCCACCCGAUGAUCCAAGCAUGAG